AUGACUCUAGAGGCACUGCACGAGGAGGCAAAGCCCCUGGGACUUCAGGUUUCCUGGCCCAAGACCAAGGUGCGUAACGACGGUGGGUCGAGCCAGGAAGUUGUACAGCGGAUUGGCCUGGCCCACGGCGUUAUAGACUCGCUCAGCACGAGUAUUUGGCGUUAUCGGUACCUGUGCAGACGGACGAAGAUUCAGAUCUUCAAGUCGGUGGUGAUCCCUGUCUUACUCUAUGGUUGUGAGACAUGGACGCUGAACACCGAUCUGAGGAGACGAAUUAAUGUCUUUGGUAAUAGAUGCCUUCGCAGGAUCAUGGAGUACCGCUGA